AUAGUGUGGAGUCUGCUGGUGUUCGUCACUUGAGGUCUUCAUUUAGUGAUAAAAAAGUCACUCUAUCGAAGUUUUUGACGUGAAAGGAGAUUUUGUGUGUGGUGCAAGAGGCCUGGAGGGAGGAACCAGGCUUGAUAUACGUUUGGUCUUGCAGAGAAGCGUAAAAGGUCAGGCAGGCCUACAAGUUGUGAUGGUUAGGAGGAACGAGGCUAAAGAAAUUGGCUUUGACGUCCUUCAUCUUGAGAGGCAAUAUGACAUACGUAUAGGUCUCUACAACUAUGAGUACGUGACGGAAAGAGAACCUCUCCAUGCUGUUGUGAGGGAGAUGGUGGGGACCCUGUCGUUCCCUGCUCGUCAUCUGGUCCAGUUCAAGCCCAAGAUGGCUCGGUGGAACAUCCACGUGUUGCGAUGCAAGAGAAAGACGACGUUUCUAUUAGACGACAGGUUUGCUGCCACAGUCAACUGCAUGUCUGAGCACACAUUUGAUGUGGAGAAAGGUCAAGUGAUUGAGCUGGACUUGAAAAUGGAGCAACACACUGAAGUAGAGCUGCACAACUUGGCUUGGGAGUGUGCGUUUGGUCGCGAUGCAGGCUUCUCCUCAAACCAGGCGCUGUCCUUGCUCAUUGAGAGGGGAUCAGUCAACACUAGGGAGUUUGACCUUCUUCCCCGUCCCUGGCAGGUUGAUCACAUCAUCAGGGACUUUGACAUCUUCUGGCACCACCUGGAGUUUCUCACCGACAAGCUAGAUGAACUGGAUUGACUCUAGUGUAUCCAUUGUGUUUGUUAUUCACGGUUUCUUGUAUAUAUAAUAGUCACAUGAUACAGCUACAAUGACAAGCUCAGCACACCAUGCUGGUUACAAAUGUGCUACAUGCUUUCUCAAUUAGUCUUUGUGCUGUCUG